AUGAAUGGAUCCUUUCUCGAGCAUGCUCAGUUGCCAUCAGUUUCAAAGCCAAGCAAUUCGGAGCAGGAAGAUGGCGAAGUUAGUGAUGAAUCUAAUUCGGGUAUGGCCGACGAUAAUAAAGCAGGUGAACAGUUAAGGAAUAGUCUACGCAAAAAACAGAUUUCAUCAUCAAAUAAAAAUAAUGAAGAUUCAAAUAUAUCGAAGAAAAAUGCUCUAGAACGACUGAAAAAUCUGAAAUUUAAUCUGAAACCAACGAUUUCGUUAGAAAGUACGUCUGAACGAAGCAAUCGUGAAAGGAAGGAUCGUCCAGGUCGUGCUCUUUCUCCACGACGUGAGGGCGAUGAUGAACGAAGGUUAAAGAAAAGGCGUUUAGAGGAAAAAAGCGAUGAGGAACGUUAUGGCUCAAAAAAUACAGAUCGUCGACCUCCACGUUUGGCUUUUUCACCGCCAACAUUACCUCGACAAAUUGAGCUUUCGAAAGUUGUCGAUCAACCGACAACUCUUCGGCAGCGGGUUGAGCGCCUCAUUAACGUUUCUAAUUCAGAAAUUAUUAAUAUGAAUGAUCUUGAACUUCGAUCACAUUUGGCACGAAUGAUUCACCUUGAUCGUGAACAAAAUCGUCUUCUCUGUGGGCGGAAAACACAAAUAGAUGAAUUGAAAGAAAUGUAUAAAACUAUUCGAAAAGAAGUGGAACGACUCAUGAAUCACCUUCCACGAAAUUUAAAAUCGGAUAUUCAUUUGCCAUUAUCUGAUGUUGAUUCGAAAAAUAUGACUUCUCAAAUUACGGAAAACUUUGGUAAAUGUGUUGAUGAGAAACAACAUACAGCUGGAUUUAACGUAUCUAUAGCAGCAAAUCCUCGUAUUAAUCCUGCUGUUGAAACGAGAUUUAGAUUUAAUGUUCCACCCCCCAUAAUCAGUGGAUCUGUCUUUCCAGCCGGAUUUAUUCAGAGACCACCUGGAGCCAUACAGCCGUUGAACAAUCCACCUAUAGGUUUAGCUCAAACGCGCCCAGCUUGUCCACCAGUAAGCGGUACUCAAUGUGGAAUGAGUGGUCCGCCACCACGUUUUGGAAUGGACACAAAACCAUUAUUCACUCAGGUUGAAAAUGCGCCGUCAUUUUUAACUACUGGUUCAUUUUCAACAUUGCCAGCCCAGGAAACAAUUAAUCCUUCAAUACAGCAGUUAAAUGAUCCUAAUAAGAUAAGUUUAACGUCGAACAUUGGUGGUAUUCAAACUCAUACAGCACUUGGCAAUGUUAUAGAUUCUCUUCAGCCAGCGGUACUUUAUACAUUGCCUUCAGAUCAUUUAAAGCGGAUUGAUGAAAUAAUUGAUGAUGCUCAAAGUGUAUUAUUGGAGAAACAAAACGCAAAUACAAAUAUCACAUCUGGCCAAGCUCGGGCUAGGGAUAAUUUCAUAUCAAAAUCAAUUGCUUCCUCAUCAUUGCCUAUUUCUUAUCCUCCGCCAUCUUUGGUGAACAGAGCAACAGGAACAAGGCCAUUGAUAGAACCGAUAUCAUCGGUACCGUUUAUUAAUGUACCACCACCAAAUUUUAUUAAAUCAACCGCAAGUAGUACUGCACAGCCUACAGGCAUACUAAUGCCAAUUCGUUCUGUACUUCCAUUGGAGAGACCACCAUCACUUUCAGCUAGUGACGCUCAGAGUUAUAAUGCAGGAAACUCUCAUUUUAAAUCCGGUGAUAACCAGUCUUCGAAAGUUAUUAAUUUAGCAGUAUCUUCUCUAUCAUCAAAUUCAUCACUGGUUAAUACAUUACCAGUCUUUUCUGCUCCUCCUCCAUGCUCAAAUUCAACAUCUUCAGCUGUUCCAGCCAGUAACAUUUCCAUCAAUCAACAGCCGAAUUUUUCAUUGCUAAAGAUGAACACUAGUGAAAUCACAUCGGAUAAUCGGUUAGCUGCAGUUGCACCAAACAUAACUUCCAUUAAUCUUUCUGUACCUCCACCAUUGUUCAAUGUACCGCCUCCUAGAUCUGGUCAACCUAUACUACCUUGUUUUUCCUCUCCUCCGCCAAAUACUAAACCUAUACAUGGUCAGUCAAACCGAGGGUUGUCGCCAUCAGCUACAACUUCAAUUUUAUCAAGCGGACAUACGGUGAAUUUGAAUACAUUUUCUAGUGGUGUGCCACCUUCUUUAAAUCUGAACAUAGGAUCCACAAGCAUGAGUCAUCUACCUCCAAAUCUUUCAUGUCCACCUCCCCCUUUUCCUAGGUUUAUACAUCCAAACAUUUCACAGAAUCCUCAAAUGUCUACGACUACGGGGCAUUCAUCAGUGGAACUUGCACCAGAAAGAAAUACUUAUAAUCGCUCUGACAGCCGUAGUAUGCUAUCAAAUGCUGCAGUUCUGAAUAUGCCAGCCAGAAUGGAGCGAUCUAGCUCAAGAUCACCAAAGAGGCAUGCAAUCAUUAGUUCAGACAGAAACACUGCUUCAAAAAAUAAAGGUGCUAGCACUUUAACAAAUAAAUUUCGCGGUCACAACAGAACGGCUUUGUCACAGGAACGAUACAGUAGUCGAUCACAACAAUCUAGUCGUAAACGACAAUUAAACGAAUCCAUUGCCGUAUUACCUAGUGAAAAUGAUCCGUCAAAAAUGCGUGAUAAGCAUGAUGAAAGUAAUAUUUAUCUGAUAGUGUCCGACGAUGAUGAUAAUGACAAAUAA